GUGACGCGCGCACGGCGGUAUAUGAGAAAGGAGCAAGCAUCAGGACCAGUGCUAGUCUACCGCACAAUCUCAGCAGCGCGCAAAUCAAGGCAGUUUAAAGGGCUUUAUUACCGGCUCCCGAUCUCUCUCCUUUAGAUCUCUCCUCUCUGAAUAAAGAAGUAACCAUAGUUUCUUUUUACUCUACUCUUUAAUUUUGAGAGGGGGGCAUACUUUCGCCAGAAGACGCAGGUAAAUGGAAUAAACUUUAAAACGUUCUACGCGCACAAGUUUUGAUCCAAGAGGGAUGUUGUGUGUUCCUACUCAAGACAUGCACUCAGAGGGAACUUAAACACGGCUGAAGCGGAAUGACCCUUAUGUAUUGCAGCUCACCAAAGAACCCGAGCGAGAGAGGGAUCGCUGCUCCUCAGAAGAUGGUUCUAAUCGGCGGUGUGAUACCAUGUCGCAUCCCGUCUGAUGUUUGACACGCCGGGGACAACUCAGGAAGACACUGGAGGACACUAAACCAUCGCGUCCGUCUCCAGCUCCGCUGGCACUUUUUCUUUUCGAGUCGGACCAACACACACAGCCGUCCAGAUGCAGUUUCGACUGUUCUCCUUUGCCCUUAUCGUGUUGAACUGUAUGGAGUACAGCAGCUGUCAGGCGCCCUCGCAACGCUGGAGGAGGAACAAAAGAGCUAGUAAUGGAGCCUACCCAGUGUGUAAAGGCUGCUCGGUGUGCUCCCGGGACAACGGCUGCGUGAGCUGCCAGCCCAAGCUCUUCCUGUUCCUGCGGAGGGAGCGCAUGAGGCAAUACGGCGAGUGCCUCCACGACUGCCCGUCCGGGUACUACGGCAUGCGCAGCCCUGAGAUCAACAUGUGCUCCAGGUGCAGGAUCGAGAACUGCGAGUCCUGUUUCAGCAAAGACUUCUGCACCAAGUGCAAGUCAGGGUUCUACCUACACAAAGGGCACUGCUUUGACAAGUGCCCGGAGGGCUUCGCCCCCAUAGAGGAGACCAUGGAGUGUGGAGAGGGUUGUGAGGUGGGCCAGUGGAGUGAGUGGGGAUCCUGCAGAAGGGGAAACAAAACGUGUGGCUUUAAGUGGGGUCUGGAGACCCGGACGCGGCAUAUCGUGAAGAAGCCGCCCAAGGACACGAUACCCUGUCCCACCAUCGCCGAGUCCAGGAGGUGCAAAAUGGCCCCCAGGCACUGCAGUAGAGGGGGAUCGGGGAAACAACGGACCAAAGAACCAAAGAAGAAGAACACCAAGCAGAAGCUCCGGGUCCGGGCUCAGAACCAGCACAGCGACCACCUGUCCUCGGUGCGCUCCAGCCACCGGGACUGAGCGCCACGCAACGCACAGCCCAACGACACGCUGCUAGCCACCGCCGCUACCGCUGCUCAACACACACACACACGUCCCCAAGGAACAGACUCCGCUCACUCAGAACCCCUCAACUCCACACAGACACGCAAACACACACCCAACUGUGCCCACACAACUCCCGCCUGCUCGGUUGUAGGGCGAGGUACGUUCAAACACAUGCACACACGCAUUGAGACCAACACACACGCACACACAGACACACACAAUCAAUUAGGAAACUCAUACUCAACGCUGGUGUCCACCUCGCCUCCUUACUGCCCCCCCUCCUACCCCCCUCCCACCCCACGCGUGCAUUGCUGACCAACCCAAACAGUCCGAUCAACCCCUCCCCCUCCCAUGCACCCGCAUCCCUUUCCUGACCUUCGACUGGCGACCUUUCAACAGUGACACCCAUCAGUGACGGACCCACUCACACACAACAUCAUCAUCUCAUCUCCACGGAAACGGAAGACCAAAACGAUUCCCCAGAGAGAGGCGCCGGAGGGACGCCCAAAAGCACGGAGGAGAGGCGCAACGGAAGGUGUUCUCAGUUUUGCGACGCUGGCGAAGGAGCGCACAAGCUGUAUAAACUGUCGUGGGACAAUGAGAGACGGAGCAAGAGCUUGACGAAAAGCGAGGAGAGGCGAGGCAGAGGGGUGGAUGAACAUAAAGGACGGAGGACGGUAAAGAUGGAGAGAGAGUGAGGGAGAGAGUGAAAGAGAGAGAUCUUGGCUCUCGUUAAAAAAGAACGAUGCUGAUGGACACAUUAUUUACAUCUUGAAACUAAAAAGAGACUGUUUUUUCUGUAUUUAUGACAAAGCUAUCCCACCGCCUGUGUACCGCUCCCCUUUCGUUCGGGACGCAGUGUUUUCCCUGUAUGGCCUUUAUCUGUAUGUACAUUUUCAAGAGUAAAGGAAAAAUCAUGCAUAGUUGCAGUAUUUUAUUCUCAGCACAAACUGUUUACGUUCAGACCGCUUCAUGCUCUAACUGUAUAGUGUCGAUAAAUAAAAAAAAGAAAUUUAGUUGUUGGUUCCGCAUGGCAACACACACUCCUGUGUAUAUAGUUUAUCUAAUUAUAAACGUAUUACUGUAUUUUCAGUAUUGACUCAUUCAUUGUCCUAAAUGUUUUAGAGUUCAAGGGUUGUAAUAUUAAGCUUCAGAUUGAAAAAAAUUAAAAUAAAAUAAUAAACAUAGCCUCCACAUAGCUAUUACAUUUAUAUGGUAUAUAUUUGAUUUAUUUAUUAAUUCUAUUUUUUACUUUUUGUGUUCAUCGGAAAUCUAUGCCUCAUGCUGUUACUCUUAUAUGCUGAAAUAUUAUUAGGAAUUCCGUAUACCAAUUCACAUAUCUUUAACAAGUGGAUGUUUUUGUUUUGUCAUGCCCAACAGUGUCAUUUUCUCAUUUGAAUUCUCAAUUCUCAUUUGACUGCCUACUGAUUUCAACAUGUUGGAAAAGAACAACAAUACAAUAAUGAUUUGUUAAAUGUACCCUAGGUUUAAUAAUCAGGCUCCAGCAACUAUAUGGUCAUAGGACUGCAUAUGUGUACAUGGUGUUUUAUUAAAAUACAUUUCAUGUGACUGUA